GUGAGGUGUGGCCUUGCGCUGCUCGCCUCCUGCAGCGCGCUCACACGGGGAAUAGACCCAGCCAGAAAGAGAGCAUUGUGCGGGUCCGGUAUCGCUUUCGGUCUCUGCUAGGUGGACACAAACAUGGAGUCAGAGUAAAACUUUCCGGAGGUGUUGUGGGAACGUUUACAGGAGCCCAAACGUCAGACGAGUGGUGUCCUCAUUUGACUAAAAAUAACUUGGAAACUUCGUCGCUGGCUCUCCAUGGAGAGCGCGCUAUGAGGCCAGUUUGUUGCGCUGCACCUCACUGAAGCUCGCUCUGCAAACAGGUGGAUUUCGGAUAUUUGGUGAAGGUAUCUGAGGCCUCAGCAUGCCGGUCCCUCCACCUCCCCCUCCACCUCCCCUGGCUCCCCCUCCACCACCGCCACCACCCAGCGCUGCCCUGCCACAGUGUCCGGCAGAGCCUCCCAAGCUCCACUCUGGUGGAGGCGGAGGUGGAAGGAAUGCCCUGUUGGCUGACAUCCAGAAAGGAGCCAGGCUCAGGAAAGUCACGCAGGUCAACGACCGCAGUGCCCCUGCCGUCGAUAAGCCCAAGGCCGCCACUGGAGAGGCGUCGAGCAGUGUCGGUGCUUCUCAGGGCUCAUCAGGAGGGACAGCGCCCAUGGGACCCUCUUUGGGUGGGCUUUUCGCUGGAGGUUUCCCGACUCUCAGGCCUACAGGACAAAGAGACUUAGCAGGCAAGACCCCAGUGUCGCGCUCGUGCUCCUCAGCCUCCCUGAAGCCCCUGUGGAACCCCCCGCCGCCAGCAGACACGAGCAGCGUCUCUGAGCCUCAGAGGACGGCGGAGCUCCGAGCCUCCGUCCACCGUCCGCUAGCUCCCUCGUCCUCUGCUCCUCCCUCCCCCUCUCACAGCGGCAAGCACCCCCCUCCUUUCCCCGCUUCCUCGCCUCCUCCGCCUCCGCCCGCCCCUCCUUCUGCUCUUCCCCCGCCUCCCCCACCCCAAGCCUUCCAGGACCGGCCGGCCAACAAGCCUCCACCUCUCCCCUCCUGCCCUCCACCUCCGCCUCCAUCCCAAGUCACCAAGCCCACCUGGCUCCCUAUCCAGCACUCCUAUCACAGCACCAUUUCCCAGCCCUCAACUCCUCCUCCUCCUCCUCCUCCACCUGUCCAGUCUUUCACUUCUGUUCCAGGGGACCGCUCCUCAGGGUGCUUCUACCCUCCGCCCCCCUCCCCAGUCCUCUCUGAACCUUCUAGGUUCCCCAUCCUGCGCGACAGCCCACUGGGACCUCCUCCCCCACCUCCUCCACCACCUCUCCCGGCUUCCUUUACCCCCAGCUGCCCGUCCACCCUCCCACCUCCACCACCCAAGCUUGCCCCAGUGGCCUCCCCUGCCAUGCGCUCCCUGCCUCCCUCGUACCCCUGCAACGCUCCCACCCGACGGCCGCCCGCUGUGCCCAGAAGUGCAGGUGUGGGGCGGCUCGCUCCUCCUCCGGCCCCCCCGGCGCGUUCCCCCUCUACCGAGCUGUCCAGCCGCAUUCCCCCACCUCCGCCACCACCUCCCCUGCCCCCAUCGAGCCUCAGGAAUGGACACCUGCACAGCCUGGCAGAUGACUUUGAAUCCAAGUUCCAGUUCCACCCUGUAGAAGACUUGCCCCCUCCCGAUGAAUUCAAGCCCUUCCCUCGGAUUUACCCCAGCAAAGAAAACAGAGUGAACCCCAAACCACCUGGGAUGAGGACACACCUCAGAUGAGUCAAGGCCUCGCCCUGUUCCUCAUCCCCCUCACACAUAUCGGGUAGUUAGGCUCAAUCCUCCUCAUCCUCCUCUUCCUUCUCAUGACAAUAACAGAACUGCCAUGGACUUAUUUGGAUGGAGGCUCUGUGUGUCUUUGUUGUUUGUGUUUAGCGUAUUUGUGUUUGUGUGUGUAUAUGCGAGCAUCAACAGGGUCCCGCCUCAUACAAACCAUGUGACCUCUGACCUUCUCCAGUGUGGAAUGUUUUGAAUGUGUGUGAGGAGGAGGGCUCUCCCUACUCAUGCUCCUAUACACAACAUACAGUCCAGGGCCAGCGUCUUCCCGUCGCUAUAUUUAACAUGACUCUUGACACAGUGUGUAAUCAUUUCAGUAUCUACAUGCAGAAUAUUUUGAUUUCAUCUCUGAGACUUUUGUCAAGAUGUCACAGUCUGUCCCUUUAACACAGAAGCACUUUUGCAGUCUGCAUUCGGCCCAGAAACACGAUAGCAAAGCAGAUAUAUACAAACUGUGAAAGGAAGCUUGCAUGAAAGUUUGGCAACAUGCUCCAACAGCCUUCUGCCUCAAGCUUUUUAAAAUGUUCAAGCAAUACAAUCCUCUCAAGAUGUCAUUUGGUUUUGCAUUGGGGAUUCAACCAAUAUGGCCUCUGUUAGCAGCAAGUAAACCUCAUCUUAAAAUCAAUGUGAGUAAAAUCAUUGCAGGUCAAUACUAUAUGGUAACCUGGGCGUUCAUUAAUCCUUAUAGUGGUGCUCUUGUGUUAAUGUAAUUUUUAUACAUAACAGUUGAAUCCAUAAAACUGUAGAAUAAAACACUCACUUGUUAGGAUUAUGGGACUGCAUCUGUUUUCGGUUACAGUGCUGUGAAUAGAUAAUGACAUAUACUGUUUCCUUCCUCCCACUGUAUCAACCACUACUAACACCUGAGAGGACAGUGCCACCUGCUGGUCCAACGUGUAAAGCAUUACAAGGCGUGACCUCCAAAUAAACCUGAGUACUUUGUUUAAAAUGUUGCCACUUUAUUCAUCACACUGCUUGUAAAAUAGGACGGAGCAUUAAAAAAAAAUCUUCCCUCAACAGAAUAUUUGCUUUUUGAGUUUAGGCUGGAUGUGU